CGCCGCCCCGAGCCGGGAGCGCGGCCGGAGCGAGGCACGGGCUGUGGGGCCUUAGCGCACCCGGCCCCGCUCGCCCGUGCCCGCCCGCCAUGCCCGGCUUCGACUACAAGUUCCUGGAGAAGCCCAAGCGGCGGCUGCUCUGCCCGCUGUGCGGGAAGCCCAUGCGCGAGCCCGUGCAGGUUUCUACCUGCGGCCACCGCUUCUGCGACACCUGCCUGCAGGAGUUCCUCAGUGAAGGAGUCUUCAAGUGCCCGGAGGACCAGCUUCCUCUGGACUAUGCCAAGAUCUACCCGGACCCAGAGCUGGAGGUGCAGGUAUUGGGCCUGUCCAUUCGCUGCAUCCAUAGCGAGGAGGGCUGCCGCUGGAAUGGCCCCCUUCGGCACCUGCAGGGCCACCUGAGUACCUGCAGCUUCAACGUGGUGCCCUGCCCCAACCGCUGCCCGGCCAAGCUGAGCCGCCGCGACCUGCCUGCGCAUCUGCAGCACGACUGCCCCAAGCGGCGGCUCAAGUGCGAGUUCUGCGGCUGCGACUUCAGCGGGGAGGCCUUCGAGGUGGGUGGGGCCCCGGGGGGCGGAGGGGCGCCCGGUCCGAGGAGCCCUGAAGACUCAGUGCGGCCCCCCGCCCCCGCGCUUCCACAGAGCCACGAGGGCGUGUGCCCGCAGGAGAGCGUGUACUGUGAGAACAAGUGUGGUGCCCGCAUGAUGCGGCGGCUGCUGACCCAGCAUGCCACCUCCGAGUGCCCCAAGCGCACCCAGCCUUGCACUUACUGCACCAAGGAGUUCGUCUUCGACACCAUCCAGAGUCACCAGUACCAGUGCCCGAGGCUGCCUGUGCCGUGCCCCAACCAGUGUGGCGUGGGCACCGUGGCUCGGGAGGACCUGCCGGGCCACCUGAAGGACAGCUGCAGCACCGCCCUGGUGCUGUGCCCGUUCAAAGACUCCGGCUGCAAGCACAGGUGCCCUAAGCUGGCGAUGGCACGGCACGUGGAGGAGAGCGUGAAGCCGCAUCUGGCCAUGAUGUGUGCCCUGGUGAGCCGGCAGCGGCAGGAGCUGCAGGAGCUGCGGAGAGAGCUGGAGGAGCUGUCGGUGGGCAGUGAUGGCGUGCUCAUCUGGAAGAUUGGCAGCUACGGGCGCCGGCUCCAGGAGGCCAAGGCCAAGCCCAACCUCGAGUGCUUCAGUCCCGCCUUCUACACGCACAAGUACGGCUACAAGCUGCAGGUGUCUGCGUUCCUCAACGGCAAUGGCAGCGGUGAGGGCACCCACCUCUCGCUCUACAUUCGCGUGCUGCCGGGUGCCUUUGACAAUCUCCUCGAAUGGCCCUUCGCCCGCCGCGUGACCUUCUCCCUACUGGAUCAGAGUGACCCUGGGCUGGCUAAGCCACAGCAUGUCACUGAGACUUUUCACCCUGACCCAAACUGGAAGAAUUUCCAAAAACCAGGCACUUGGCGGGGCUCCCUGGAUGAGAGUUCUCUGGGCUUUGGUUACCCCAAGUUCAUCUCCCACCAGGAUAUCCGCAAGCGAAACUAUGUGCGGGAUGAUGCGGUCUUCAUCCGUGCCUCUGUUGAAUUGCCCCGGAAGAUCCUCAGCUGAGAGCAAGCCAAGCGGCAGAAGAAAGGGGGAGGGCAAUGACCUCCAUCGGGCAUGGCUGAGCCUGGAGAGGGGGCCGGACCCCCUUACAGCCGCUGCUGCCGAGGCUCUGGUACCCUGCUCCCCCUCCCUCCUUCCCCACCACCCUCAGGUGCCUCCUAUUGGUGCUUCAGCCCUGACCUCUGGGAAGAGCAGGUCUUAGGGUCAUCAAGGGCUUGGAAACGAGCGAGCCCCAGACCUGUCUCCUGGACAGGGCAGACACGCCUUGGUGCCGGCUACACUCUUCCCGGACCGAGGUGCCUGCUGGUGCUAUGUCCCAAGAGCCAUAGGGGGGAGGGGGAGGUGGGAAACUGAGGGGGUAGUUAAAAGAAUCUUGUCUUGAGAUCUGAUUUCUCUUAUCCUUUCCCCAGCUGUGUCCCCUCUGGUUAUUUAUUUACUUAGUGCCAGGAGGGCACAGCAGGGAGCCCUGAUUUUUAAUAAAUCCUGAAUUGUAUUUAUUAA